AUCGCGGCCCCUGGUCCGUGCUCCCCUGGCCACCAAGAGACCAAGACCAGCAAGUGAGACUGUGAAACAGGUAGUGUGCCAUGUUCCGUCUGAUCAGAUCUUAACCGCCAUAGCGACAUCGUCUGAAAAAAGGAGGGUUCCGAAUCAAACAAGGUUCGCGCCUGCCAAACGCGUUGCUUAGCGACGGUUUGGGGGGAUUCUGUCCCUUCCCCACAGAUGAGAUGGCGGAACUGCCUGACCGGUACCUACACGAGAGCAACGUCCGUCCUGCUCUUUCCUAUCUGCUUUCUGGGAGGGGCCUCUCUCCGGGUCACCUUCCUCGUCUUCUUUGGAGUCUUUCAUAAUGCCUUCUUUCGUUUUGGCACACGUCCAUUUUCAUCAGGCAUCACGUUCCGCCUAUCAUCGCGUUUCCACGCCUUUUCGAGUAGAGUGACGUCUGCCAACAAGAUGCGCAACACCUCGCUAAGACUCUCCGACAAGGACCUGCCGCACCCACAAGGCGUCGACAGGGUUCCCCCAUACAUACCAUUGGGUAGCACGAGCAUGUUGGGACGACCCUUGAUGAACGGUUCCCGUUCCGGAGUUCAGUACAGCCGACCUUGCUUCCCAGGGCAGCGGCUCGCGCUCGUUGAGUCCGGCACAAUCCUGCCCCUGUCACGGUGUCAUAGUCUUCCCGCCUCUUCUGAUCGCUGGUACGUGUCGAGCUGCUUCACAGGUUCGCAACCGAGAUCCACAUGAUCCAUACUCAUCAUGAGGUGACACAUCCUGCCCCGUCACUCUGGACGCUCGCGUAUCCUCGUGGCUGGUUGCUUUAUGCUUAGUACCUCCCGUACCUGGUACUGCGUCGUAUAAAAGAUCAUCGCAACUCAUCCCACGAGGCCUUGAUCUGUUUCUCUUUCCUCACGCU